CCCAUAAGUAAGUGGUCUGUCGCAAUGACGUCAGCGGAAGUGAAACCUGCAUUUCCACUUGUGCGUGACAGGGGGAUCCGGUGGCACGCAGAGAGUUGGAGGCUGCACACAUUAUAAGACAGGAUGGCCGGGCUGCCCCGCAGGAUAAUUAAGGAAACCCAACGUUUACUGGCAGAGCCAGUCCCUGGAAUUAAGGCUGAGCCAGAUGAAAGCAAUGCUCGCUAUUUCCAUGUGGUUAUCGCUGGUCCACAGGAUUCCCCCUUUGAGGGAGGGACAUUUAAACUUGAGUUAUUUCUUCCGGAAGAAUACCCAAUGGCAGCUCCUAAAGUACGUUUCAUGACCAAAAUCUAUCACCCUAAUGUAGACAAGCUGGGAAGAAUAUGCCUAGAUAUUUUGAAAGAUAAAUGGUCACCAGCUCUGCAGAUCCGUACUGUGCUCCUAUCAAUUCAGGCUUUGUUAAGUGCUCCAAACCCCGACGACCCGUUAGCAAAUGAUGUAGCCGAGCAGUGGAAGACAAAUGAAGCCCAAGCCAUAGAAACAGCCAGAGCAUGGACUCGGCUAUAUGCUACGAAUAAUCUUUAAAUUCGGCUUGAUCUUCAAGUGCACAUCAUUUCUCCUGUUCUGCCAAGACCUCUUCCCUUUAUUUUUGUUUUGUUUUUGUUUGUGUUUAAUGGACACAGUCUUAAUAAAAUAUAUGGAAUAAAAAGCCCAGACAUGGUCAUCUUUGGUGAUUAAAUGCACAUUAGCAAAUAAUAUGUCUUGUUCUAAGUCACUGUUGUAUCGCAUGCGCAGAGGCUGUAAAAAAGAAAAAAAAAAUCCCAUCAUUUCAGCAUGUUCUACAAUGUUCUAAGGGGUGGCAAAAGUUCUCGAUGUCCAUUAUACCCGUCUUGAUUUGAGUGAGAGCACUGUAAAUGAAGGUAGAGUUAGGUUAGUUGCUCAAUCAAUGUUUUUGUUUUUUAAUUCUUAAGGUAAAAUACAACCAUUUGUUUGGCUCUGUUAACUUUAAAACAAUGUGUCAUCGCCCUUCCUCCCUUUAUUUUAGUCCUUUUAGAUUUAGCACUUUUCUUUUUGGCAUUGGUCAGAUCUGUAUUCCUAGUAAAUGUACUUGCACCCCUCUGUAGGAACGAUUUAGUAAGCAGAGAAUUGGAGAUGAAACUAAUCCAUCCUUUUUUUUUUUUUUUUUUUUUUUUUUUUACACUGUGUAUUUAAAUUCUUCAAAUUUCUAAGGAAAUGUCUGCAUUGUACCAAGUUAAUGAAGCCUAACGUGUUUGCAUUGAAUUCAUCCUUUUUAUUAUUGUCUUUAUUGUGUUUGGUAGCAGCUAACCUGUGCUUUUGUCUAUAUGCUCAUAGCCAGCUACUACAGACCCAAGUAGAUGGGAGGGGCUUGUUUGGAGAAAAAAAAUGCAAAAAUGUAUUUAACAAAAAACUUUCACUAAUCUCUUCCUUAAAGUGUUAGAACAUCCAGAGCAUGUGACCAUUUUGUAUGGCUUGUCUUGAAAAUCUGUAAAUCUUAUGUUUUAGUAAAAUAUUUUUUUGUUAUUCUA